GGGUUUGCCACCACCGCAGCAGCAACAGAUGCUGAGCUUACGGGCGACAAAUCAACCAUCGCUGCUCAAUGCCAAUCCUAUGCUUCAGCGGGCCUUACUCAUGCAGCAGAUGCAAGGAAACCUGCGUGGAUUUAACAUGACAGCGCCAGCACUGCAGCAGUUUUUCCCUCAGGCUACAAGACAUUCCCUCCUGGGGCCACCACCUGUUGGGGUCUCCUUAAAGCCGACUAGGCUGGGCUUCCCCAGCCUUCCCUUCCAGCGGCAGAACCGGACCUUUCGCAAGGACUUCCAGAGGGUCCCUGACAGGAAGCGUGAACUAGAUCCUGGUUCUUCAUCUCAGACACAAGGUGAUGAGAAAAUGGAAAUUCCAGAGGGAGUGCAAGCAGGGUCAGAGCAGAACAGUUCCUUGCCAUCCACAGAGCCAAGAACUCCAACAGAAUCUGUGUUGAACACUGAGCCUGCAGCAAAAAGACUGAGGAGUGUGACUGAGGAGUCUGCAUUAGAGGAUGCAACAGACAGCAAGGAAGCAGGAGAGUCAAGCACCCAUGUCCGAGCUGAUGGUACACACAAUGCAAAGGAGUACACAGCUGAAGAUCUCUCUAAAGAGAGGAAAUUCUCUGAGGAACCAAAGGCUCCUGAGGUGUUGAGCUCUGGAGGUUCACUGAAAGUGACUAUUCAGCAGAGCAGUGAGAGCAGAGCUAUCAGUACAACAGCUCUGAAACCAGGGCAUUGGACCUGCGAGGUGGGCACAGCUGAUCCCAACCCUGAAUCGGUCCUUAAAUUCUACUGUUAUAUCUGCAAGACCAACUGCUGCAGUCAGCAGAAUUUCCAAUCCCACAUGGCUGGAAUUCAGCACCAGCAGCGACUUGGGGAGAUUCAGCACAUGAGCAAUGUUUGUUUUGUUUCACUACUGCCCAUGGUGAAGGAGCAGAAGGUGCUAGCAGAAAAAGAUGGAGAGACCCAGCAGCGAUGGUGUAACACUUGUCAGAUACACUUCACAGGGGAUCUAAUCAAACAUCGCAGGACCCAAGAACACAAGCUGGCCAAACGCUCGCUUCGUCCUUUCUGCACUGUCUGCAGCCGCCACUUCAAGACCCCUCGCAAGUUCGUGGAGCAUAUGAAGUCCCCUGAGCACAAACAGAAAGCCAAAGAGGUGAGGCUAGGAGAGAAGGAGGUGGGCAGCCCAGAAGAUUCGGAGGAGUUGAUCACAGUGGAUGCUGUUGGCUGUUUUGAAGAUGAUGAUGAUGAGGAGGAGGAGGAAGAGGGGGGGGAAGCUGGUGAGGAGGAAGACCUUGAUGUAGUGCUGAUAGAGAAUGAGGAUUCUGCUGCCAAGCAGACUGGGCUGAAGGAAGUGUCUUUGGAGGAUUACGAAGGAAGCGAGAAGUAUUGUCCAGACACAGCCUAUG